GGUUGCUGAGGCGGGAAACAGCAGCGGGCUGGAGGAGGGGGCGACCUCACAGCCUGCCAAGGUGCCAAUGCCCCGUGCUGUGUAAAGUGCCACCUCACCGUCAGCGCAGUGCAGGUACGAGGUGCGGUUGAUGGAAGGCCUUGCUGCAUGACCAUUGACAGCGGGGCUGAGCGCACCAUCGUGCAGCGGAGGCUGGUAAGUGCUGAGUGGCUCCCGUGCACCGUGGACAGGCUGUGUGGAGUAACGGGGGACUGCAUGCCGUUGCAAGGCCCAGUAGACGUUCGAAUAAGUGUCGGCAGCGCGGAGGUGAACCUGCCCGUGUAUGUUGCCGAGCUGGAGGAAGAGUGUCUGCUGGGUUACGACUACCUGAAGAAGACCAGGGCCUGCGUAGACUUUGGACGGAAGGUGAUAAAGGUAUGUGGAUACGAUGUGCCUUUCCUUCCGGAGGUCGGCCGGUCGGAGGUAGUGACGACACGGCGGAUGCAGUUGGCCCCGCGCUCUGAGUGUCGAGUACAGUGUCGACUCGCACGGCCGAUGCAGAGCACGGAGGGCCUAGUGGAACCAGCCAGCGACUGUCGACUGGCUGACGGAGUGGCAGUCGGAAGGAGCCUCGUGCAAGCGGGGGAGAAGGUAGUCACUGUCUUACUGGCUAACUUCUCCGACGAGGCUCGCAACAUACCCGCCGGAACAGCGGUGGGCGAGUGCGUGGAGGUGCAGCGUGCCGAGGCACCGCCGCAGGGUGAGCGGGCGGCCGAGGGAGCCCCGCUGCCGAGCUUCCUGGAGGAUCUAGCGACCCGGAGCGCUGUCAAUCUGACGGAGGCGCAGACGGAGCUCGUGUGUGACACCCUGGGCCGGUACGCCGAUGUGUUCAGCCAGAGCGUCUCGGACUUGGGUCGCACGUCACUGGUGAAACACACGAUCAACACUGGCACCCACGCACCGGUCAAGAGCCCACCCCGACGCAUCGCACCAGCAAGGCGCGAAGAAAUGCAGCGUGCAGUGAACGACCUGGCCACGCAAGGGGUAAUCGAGCGAUUUUGUGUUGAUUGACUCUGAGGGAGAGAUAUAAGGAGAGGCAAGGUCGGGUCGAUCUUUUUGUAAAGGAGGGGGUGAUGUAACGCCCGGGUAUUAUUGUUGUUUAGUCUAAGUUGCCUUUAUUUCUUUCUGUGGGAUUGAGUGUGUGCGUGUGUGUGUGUCAGCUGUGCCUGGUGUCUGGCAGUGGUGCAUGGAUGGCGGGAGAGAAGUCGCGGGACUGCAGUGACUGGGCAGUGUGUUGUUGGCCCCGCUCUGGAUAACUUGUCUUUGCGUGUCCUCCGUGCCGAGUGCCUGUUGCGUGAGCCUGAAGAGUUUGACUGUCCCUGCCUGUGUCUGUAACUGCCUGUAACUAACGGAACUAGUAAAGGAAGAAAGUGUUGCCCACUGUUUGUCUACCCGCUCUGUCUGGCUGUGCGUGAAUCACGUGGGACGUGGUACCCUUAGCAUCUCUUGUCUAGCCUGCUGGUGUUCCCGAGUGCUGUCCUGACUGUCGGGGAAUUGUGGGCGUCUACGGGAGUGCUGAGGAGUCUUAUGCUGAGAGCAUCGAGUGGUGGUGAUGCACAGUAAAAGUAAUAAAAGUAAAAACCUUCUAAGACCUACAAAGGGCCAAAGGCCGACACACAAACACAGCUAAAGAUAGUUUAUGGAAGAAGCCUGCCUAUGCGCCCCAGUUUGACGGUCCAGCUGCUAACAACCGACGUAACCGUCCUGAGGCACAACCUAUCCCUAACAAGAGUGUUUGCCCGACCAAUCCAAAAGGCUUAAGGCAGCCCUCUGAGGGCCCCCCUUGUGCAAGCCGCAGGGUUCACCUUGACCUUCUGGACGGACGCUAAGGGCGAAAAUGAAAUACAGUACGAGAGAAAAAGAUGCCUGGGCGGGACUCAAUAAAGAAUCCCCGGUACACAGGUCUUGGGAGACUUGCCAAGGUGGAAGUUUCCCUGGUGUGCAAAGCUGGCACGAGUAUGGCUGGUAGACACGUAGACUGCGUUGGAAGAUCAGUCACCUCCUGCACUGGGGGCUCGCUAUCCAGCAAGGUUACUCAACCCUGGGGCCAGAGCAACCAAGCACGGGGCGAACCAGGCGAGUGCUUCGAGAGAACGUGGUCUACAAUGUCUGCUGCUCGUCUCGAGUGUGUGUGUGUGGUCUAG